UUAAGAAAUCGAAAAUAAAAUAAAAGAGCAAAACCCGAAUUUUAAACCCGAAAACUCACCACCAAACAAAUAUAAAUUAAAAAAUAUCAAAUCAAAUCGUCAAUUUACAGUAAUUUCUCUACUGAAUCAAGAUCAAAGCACUGCUUGGUAACCGUUCAGCAGAUGGCGAGGAUCAAACCGCAAGCGCUUUUGUUACAGAGCAAAAAGAAGAAAGCACCGAGUCGAUUGAGUCCUGUUACUGUUAUUUUAUGCUCCUUAAUUAUUUUAUUGUCUGUUUUUUUCUUGUAUUCUACCUACAGACACUGGUCUAUAAGGUCGAAAAUGCAGUCUGAAAGUGGCAAUUCAAGCUUUGAGGGGUAUAAUACUAUUGCGAAUUCAAAGAAAUCUGAUCUCCCUGGAUAUGCAGUUUUAAAAACAUCAAAAGGCUCUAUAAUAGUGGAACUGUUCAAGGAUGGCUCUUUUGAUGUAGUUGACAAGUUCAUCGACUUAUGCAAAAGAGGACACUUCAAAGGCAUGCGUUUUCGUCAUGUAAUAAAGAAUUAUGUUAUUCAAGCAGGGGAUGCUGAUGAUCACGGUGCUGCAGAAGAUUGGACGUUGAGGGGGAAGCGUUACAGUCAACUUGAUACGAGUUUGAAACAUGAAGCAUUUAUGCUUGGAACUUCUAAGGCAAAGCAUGAUGAGAAAGGAUUUGAGCUCUUCAUUACAACUGCACCUAUUCCAGAUCUGACUGAAAAGUUGAUUGUUUUUGGACGGGUCAUUAAGGGAGAAGAUGUUGUUCAGGAAAUUGAAGAGGUGGAUACAGAUGAAUACUUUCAGCCUAAAUCUCAUAUAGGGAUCAUCAGUGUGACUUUAAAAGAAGAAAUUUGAAGGCUAUCCUGAUGAGUAGAAGAUUUUUUUUCUCGCAUUCCACUUUCUACAAGCGAUAUGUCCUGCCAAAGUUGUAAUAUUGAAAGUGUUAAUUGCGGGGACCCUUGCAGUGAAGGGCAUUUAUCCCAGGAUGGAGAUUAAUGCGAGCUGAAGCGACUUUUAAGUUAGCCUUGCGUGAACUGAUACCAGUCAUCUUUGGCAUUCUUUUUUCCUCUUUCAGGCUGGGUUAUACACUAAAAUUUAUACUGUAUAACAAGUUGAUGCAAAUUUACUAGGAAUUAUCUACAAAAAGGGAAAGAAAAGGGUACAUGAUUUUGUUAAUUAUUAUUGUGAUUGGAGCUUUUCCCAUUUUUUCAAUUUGUAAGCUGUUUGUUUUUUA